AUAGAUGCCGCCUCAACAUUUACGUCCUUCUACCAGCUCUAGUGUCGGCCUGCUUAUCCUGGUCCACUUCGGCGUCCUUCUUAAUGUCCUCCUUACGCAACAGUAUCACCUUAUAGCAGUAGUUGUCCAAUCGUCUGCGGCUCUUCCACUUCUAAGUCAUGUCAAUGCCCUCAAUUAUAAUCUUGAGUACACUACGUUUUCACGGUAAGCUUGGACCUGCUUCGACGUCGCUAUAAAGUGGAUUCCUUUAGGAAAGUGGUUGUAUGUCUCGCGGAUUUCAGG